AGAGAAAGAGUAGGAGGAAGAAGAAGAGAAGGAGGAGGAGAAGGAGGAGGAGGAGGAAGAAGAAGAAGAAGAGAAAGAAGAAGAAGAAAAAGAAGAAGAAGGGUUGGGCCAGGGGCCCGCGACCCUUCCCGACUGGACUAGACUCUACGUGGAGUCUCGGCGUCGGCGCCGUCGUCGUCGACGUCGUCGGCGGCGCGACGCUCACGGAGAGGCGCCGCGCGCGCCUACGUAGGAGGCACUCGGCCGCGCGCGGCGUCGUUAGCUCCGUCGUACCUGGACGACGGAGAGGAACGAACGAACUUACGAACUUACGAACUUACGAACGAACGAACGAACGAACGAACAAACGAACGAACGAACGAACGUACGUACGAACGAACUAACGGACGAUACGGACGAACGAAUCGCACGAAAGGAAGAAAGGAAGGAGGACUCUUCUGGCUCUCAUUUCUCUCGCUCUCACUCACUCCUCUCUCUCUCUCUCUCUCUCUCUAUCUAUCUAUCUAUCUAUCUAUCUAUCUCUCUGUCUAUCUUUAAAUCUUCGUUCACGAUUAUCACUAGUGCGAUUAUUAUCGGACAUCUUCCUAUCAAGCUACGCGAACGUAAUACGCGUUUCGUCUCGUUCGUUCAUUCGAUUUAUCCAUCUAUAUAUUCCGUUCUUACUUCCCCCUAUCAUUCUUUUUCUCUUUUUCUCUCUUUCUUUUCUCUCUCUCUCUCUCUCUCUCUCUCUCUCUCUCUCGCUUUCUCUCUCUUUCUCUUUCUCUCUUGUCCUUCUCUCUGUCUCUUUCUCGCGUCCUAGUGCCGUGCCGCUUCGCUCCGUGCCGAAGCGGCUGAGAGUGGUGUGUGCUGGCUCUGCUCUGAAGGAGGGAACGAACACGGUGGGGGUGGAGGACAAGUAAAGAAAGGGUGCCAUUGGGUUCGAGGACAAGGAAAUUCAAGGAAGACGGAGACGACUGCUCCUACUUUUACUCGAACCUGAUAUCCCCCUCUGAAUGAUGUUGAAUUGACGAAAACUGAACAACGCAAGGGAUGGCUCCUUUCGGUACCGUCUUCCUCGGUGUCUGGGGAGUAUUCGUCGUCGUUCUUAUACAAGAGUCCAAACCAGUCAGCUGGGAGGAAUGGUGGACGUACGACGGUAUUUCUGGUCCUGCGUUCUGGGGCCUCAUCAAUCCGGACUGGUGGCUAUGUAACAAAGGGAGACGACAAUCACCGGUUAACUUGGAGCCGAGCAGACUUCUCUUCGACCCAAACUUACAACCAUUACACCUCGACAAGCACAAAGUCGGUGGAGUCCUGGCAAACACCGGUCACAGUGUGGUAUUCGCGGUCGAAAACGAUACCCGCCAUCCUGUCAAUAUAUCCGGUGGGCCCCUCAGCUAUCGCUACCAGUUUCACGAGAUUCACCUGCAUUUCGGCUUGGAGGAACACAUCGGUAGCGAGCACACUAUCGAUGGACACGCGUUUCCCGCCGAGCUCCAAAUAUUCGGAUUUAAUUCCCAGCUGUACAACAAUUUUUCGGAUGCCUUGCACAGAGCACAAGGGAUCGUCGCAGUCUCCCUUUUACUUCAGGUAGGAGAUCUGUCGAAUCCACAACUGAGAACGUUUACCCAACAACUGGAUCAAAUCAAAUACGGAGGUGAGAAGACGCUGAGGACGCGGCAGGCCGUGGAAAUUACACAUUUCGUCGUGCGCGAUCUCCUACCGGACACGAAGCAUUACAUGACGUACGAUGGUUCAACCACGAUGCCGGCCUGCCAUGAGACCACGACGUGGAUAAUACUGAACAAGCCAAUAUAUAUUACGAAGCAGCAGCUCCAUGCCCUGCGGCAGUUGUAUCAGGGUGACAUGAAACAUCCGAAUGCGAAGCUGGGGAACAACAUUAGACCGAUUCAACCGCUCCACCAUCGUCCAAUUCGUACGAACAUCGAUUUUAGCGUGCAGCAAGGGCAUAAAAAUUGUCCAACGAUGAACAGGGAUCUGUACUACAAAGCCAACAGCUGGAAAUAACCCUGAGAGCCCUAAGCAACACGCAGUACGGUGAUCGACGUCAUGCGUUUUAAAAGAAGGAAGGAAGGAAGGAAGGAAGGAAUGAAGAAAGGAAGGAAGGAAGGAAGGAAAGAAAGAAAGGAAGAAAGCAAGUGAGAAGGACAGAGAGAGAUUAAGAGAGAAAGAGAGAGAGAGAGAGAGAGAGAGAUAGAGGAAGAAAGGAAGAGAGAAAGAUAAGAAAAGUUUAAAGAAAAACUACGCUUUCCCUCGGACGAGCUGGAACUUCGCUGUGAAAGAAUCCAUUGACAUAUCAAUUGCACGCGUGCGACGGUUGUCCUCGCAGAGAAGAAAGAAAGAAAGAACGAGAGUGUGUGUGUGUGUGUGUGUGUGUGUAUGUAUGUGUGCGUGUGGGUGUAUGGAUGUAUGUGUAUGUAUAUGAGUAUACGCCUGAAUGCAAGCGAGUACGAAAAAGAAAGAAAAGUAAGUAAGUAAGUAAGAAAGUAAGUAAGUAAGUAAGUAAGUAAGAAAGCACGUGCAUGUGUGUGUAUGCGAAUGUAUGAAUACGGGGAAGAGAUAAUUAAAGAAAAAAAGGGAAAAAAAAAAGAGAGACAGAGAGAAAGUGUGCGCGCGCGUGUGUGUGUGUGUGUGUAUAUAUGUGUAUGUGUAUGUGUGUGUAUGUGUGUGUGAUUGAGAAUGAGUGAGAUAUUGAGAAUGAAAGUGUGAGAGACGUGUCGCACGCAUCCACGCACGUACGUACGCACGCAAAAAAGCACGCAAGCACGCGCUGAAACGCAGGAGAAACGGGGAGACGUGUUUCAGAGCGUCGAAGCUGAUGGGCGACCGAUGUUGGGCAAGAAAAUCAUGACCACGGUGAAGUGAACGAGCGCAGCCCUUUCGUGGUCGAGGAUUAUAAAGAGAAGAAGAGAUAUAUAUAUAUAUAUAUAUAUAUAAUAUAUACAGGAAGGAAGAGGAAUGAAAAAAUACAAGGGAAAAAAAAAACCCAUUAUAAAAAUGCUUCGUUGUACUUAUUAGACGUGAAUUUGCCAAGUAUGUUUCCAGUAAAGAAAAAAAACAAAAAAAUAAAAAAACAAAAAAGGACAAAAAAUAAAAAAGACAAAAAAGAAGAAAAAGGAAAAAAAAAAAAAACAAUAUAAAAAGGAGUAACACACAAACAAAUAUUACCUAUAGCUAAAUACAAUAGACGCGCGAUAUAAGGUAAAAGAUCAUAAAAAAAAAAUAUAUAUAUAUAUAUUAUUAUACAUAUACCGUAAACUAUCGAGAGAAAAGAGACA